AGCCGCCGAGCCCCUGGCCCGGGGUGCCUACACGUGGCGGGGCGUGUGUGAGUGUGUACGAGCGUGUGGAUGCGUGUGCGUGUGGAUGUGGCGCGCGUCCCAACCUGCCUGGGGCGGUGGUCCAUUGCGUGGCGGAGGCAGGGCGGGCCUCCUGCGGCCGCACCCGCAGCCCGGCCCGGGACUCGGGCCUCAGGCCCCCGGCUGGUGGACCGGUCGCUGCUUCCCAACGGAUUUUGAUCUUUGUUCUCCCAGGCCAGGUUCCCCUUCCUGGUCUCUCCUCUCCCGCUGGGCCGGUUUAUCAGGAGGAGAUUGUUUUCCAGGACCAGGAAUUGGACUUUUGAUGAUGUUUGACCCAGUGGCUGCAAUAGCAGGCAACGUGAUUUCAAAGCUGGGCUCAGCCUCUGUUUCUUCUCUCGUGUAAUCACAAAGCCCAUUUUGGACCAGGAAUUCCAACCAUGUCUGUGAUGGUGGUGAGAAAGAAGGUGACACGGAAAUGGGAGAAACUGCCGGGGAGGAAUACCUUUUGCUGUGAUGGCCGUGUCAUGAUGGCCCGACAAAAGGGCAUCUUCUACUUGACCCUUUUCCUCAUCCUGGGGACAUGUACACUCUUCUUCGCCUUUGAGUGCCGCUACCUGGCUGUUCAGCUGUCUCCUGCCAUCCCUGUGUUUGCUGCCAUGCUCUUCCUUUUCUCCAUGGCUACGCUGUUGAGGACCAGCUUCAGUGACCCUGGAGUGAUUCCUCGGGCACUACCAGAUGAAGCAGCUUUUAUAGAAAUGGAGAUAGAAGCUACCAAUGGUGCGGUGCCUCAGGGCCAGCGACCACCCCCUCGUAUCAAGAAUUUCCAGAUAAACAACCAGAUUGUGAAACUGAAAUACUGUUAUACAUGUAAGAUCUUCCGGCCUCCCCGGGCCUCCCAUUGCAGCAUCUGUGACAACUGUGUGGAGCGCUUCGACCAUCACUGCCCCUGGGUGGGGAAUUGUGUUGGAAAGAGGAACUACCGCUACUUCUACCUCUUCAUCCUCUCUCUUUCCCUCCUCACAAUCUAUGUCUUCGCCUUCAACAUCGUCUAUGUGGCCCUCAAAUCCUUGAAAAUUGGCUUCCUGGAGACAUUGAAAGAAACUCCUGGAACUGUUCUAGAAGUCCUCAUUUGCUUCUUCACUCUCUGGUCCGUCGUGGGACUGACUGGAUUUCACACUUUCCUUGUGGCUCUCAACCAGACAACCAAUGAAGACAUCAAAGGAUCAUGGACAGGGAAGAAUCGCGUCCAGAAUCCCUACAGCCAUGGCAACAUUGUGAAGAACUGCUGUGAAGUGCUGUGUGGCCCCUUGCCUCCCAGUGUGCUGGAUCGGAGGGGUAUUUUGCCAUUGGAGGAAAGUGGAAGUCGACCUCCUAGUACUCAAGAGACCAGUAGCAGCCUCUUGCCACAGAGCCCAGCCCCAACAGAACAUCUGAACUCAAAUGAGAUGCCGGAGGACACCAGCACUCCCGAAGAGAUGCCACCUCCAGAGCCCCCAGAGCCACCACAGGAGGAGACUGAAGCUGAGAAGUAGCCUAUCUAUGGAAGAGACUUUUGUUUGUGUUUAAUUAGGGCUAUGAGAGAUUUCAGGUGAGACGUAAACCUGAGACAGAGAGCAAGUAAGCUGUCCCUUUUACUGUUUUUUUCCCCCCUUCGGUCUUCAGUCACCCAGUUGCACACUGGCAUUUUCUUGCUGUAGGCUUUUUAAAACUUCUGGACUCAAGGCAGUAGCAGAAGAUGUCAGUCAUCUCUGGUAACUGGACAAGUGGGUCUCUUGGGCCCUGACACUUGUUUUCCAUGGCCUUGGCCACAGGGUCUCCUUGGACUCCCCUCUCUUCUUUCUAAAUCCUAGCUCUUCUGCUUGGGGUCAUUGGUCUCAUUCUGAGGUUAAAGGUUGAGACUGGCUCAAAUCCUCCCAAGCUGCUGCAUGUCUGGAGUCUAGAGGCAGUCACAGAGACCUCUAGCUAGGGGAUCCUAACUGGGUUCUUGGAGCCUUCAGAAUUGAAGAGGAUGGAGAGUGGGGUCAGAGGAUUCUCCUGGCUACCAAGUGCCAGCAUUGCCAGCUAAUCCUUUUAGGAAUGGGGCAGGUAACUUCCACUUGUAUUUAUUCGUGUAGCUUCUCCUUUGUCCCCACACCACUCCCUAACACCCAAGCCCACUUUUCCCAUUAGAUAUAUGUAAGUAGUUGUAGUAGAGAUAACAAUUUACAUUUCUCGUAGACUACCCAGAAACUUUUUAAUACCUGUGCCAUUCUCAAUAAGAAUUUAUGAGAUGCCAACAGCAUAGCCCCUCACACUCUCUGUCUCAUUCUCCCUUUUUCUCAUCAGCCCCUUUUAAUUUGUUUUCCUUUCUACUCUUGCUCUCAUUGGGAGCAAGAAUGGCAGUAAUAAAAGUCUGCACUUUGGUGGUUUCUUUUCCUCAGAGGAAGCCCAAGUGCUCACUUAAACACUACCCCCCUCAGACUCCCUGUGUGAGGCCUGCAGAGGCCCUGAAUGCACAAAUGGGGAAACCAAGGCACAGAGAGGCUCUCCUCUCCUCUCCCCUCCCCCGAUGUCCCCUCAGCAACAACAACAACAACAACAAAAACAGAAAAGAAAAGGCUAACCAAUACUUCCAUUAAGCCUUGGCCGAGUAAGCAAAAGCCCAGCACUGCUGCCCUUCCGGGUAACCCACUCCAAGGCCUCAGCCCACCUUGGGCUACGGUAACCACACCAGGGGCUUCCUCCAAGCCCCACUCUUCCAGCACUUCCACCGGCAGAGUCCCAGAGCCACUUCAUCCUGACUGGGGGUGGGCUGCGGCCCCCAGUCAGCUCUGCUCAGGACCUGCUCUAUUUCAGGGAAGAAGAUUUAUGUAUUAUAUGUGGCUAUAUUUCCUAGAGCACCUGUGUUUUCCUCUUUCUAAGCCAGGGUUCUGUCUGGAUGACUUAUGGGGGGAGUAUAAACCAGAACUUUUAAUCUAUUUGAAGGCAAUUAAACUGUAUCUAAUGCAAA